AAGGCGGUGAGAGGCACGGGAGGCCCGCGGCGCCGGCAUAGCAGUCUUUGGGGACCAUAUCGCCCGGCAGACACGCCGUUCUCCCCCAGAGGACCUCUGUGGUGAAACCAUAGCUCAGUAGAGGUAAACCUCAGAGUUCUCUGUACUCUUCAGGGAUGAGUCAUGUGGUGGAGGAAGAUGAGCUCGGGCUGGACCAGCAGUUGGCUGGCCUAGACCUGAACUCUCCAGACAGCCAGAGCGGAGGCAGCACAGCCAGCAAAGGGCGCUACAUCCCUCCUCACCUGAGGAACAGGGAGGCUACGAAAGCGUCCUACGACAAGGACAGCUCGCGGUGGAGUAAGGACAAGGAUGCCUACAGCAGUUUCGGGUCCCGGAGUGACACGAGAGCCAAGUCCAGCUUCUUCAGCGACCGUGGAAGUGGAUCAAGGGGAAGGUUUGAUGACCGCGGGCGGAGUGACUAUGAGGGCGUUGGCAGCCGUGGAGGUAGAAGUGGCUUUGGCAAAUUUGAACGGGGCGGGAACAGUCGCUGGUGUGACAAAGCAGACGAAGAUGACUGGUCUAAACCGCUCCCACCAAGCGAACGCUUGGAACAGGAACUCUUUUCUGGAGGCAAUACUGGGAUUAACUUUGAGAAAUACGAUGACAUCCCGGUUGAGGCGACAGGGAAUAAUUGCCCUCCACAUAUUGAAAGUUUCAGUGAUGUUGAGAUGGGAGAGAUUAUUAUGGGAAACAUCGAGCUUACUCGGUAUACACGCCCAACUCCCGUGCAAAAGCAUGCGAUUCCUAUUAUCAAGGAGAAAAGAGACUUGAUGGCUUGUGCGCAAACAGGGUCUGGAAAAACGGCAGCUUUCCUUUUACCCAUCUUGAGUCAGAUCUAUACGGAUGGUCCAGGUGAGGCUUUGAGGGCCAUGAAGGAGAAUGGAAAGUAUGGGCGUCGCAAACAGUAUCCAAUCUCUUUGGUCCUGGCUCCAACAAGAGAAUUGGCAGUGCAGAUCUAUGAGGAGGCCAGGAAAUUCUCAUACCGGUCUCGAGUUCGUCCUUGUGUGGUUUAUGGUGGAGCUGAUAUUGGUCAGCAGAUUCGAGACUUGGAACGUGGAUGUCACUUACUGGUAGCCACUCCAGGACGGCUAGUGGAUAUGAUGGAGAGAGGAAAGAUUGGACUAGACUUCUGCAAGUACUUGGUGCUAGACGAAGCAGAUCGGAUGCUGGACAUGGGUUUUGAGCCUCAGAUACGAAGAAUAGUUGAGCAAGACACCAUGCCUCCAAAAGGUGUCCGCCACACUAUGAUGUUUAGCGCUACCUUUCCUAAGGAAAUACAGAUGCUGGCUCGGGAUUUCUUGGAUGAAUAUAUCUUUCUGGCUGUAGGAAGAGUCGGGUCUACUUCUGAGAACAUCACACAGAAAGUCGUAUGGGUAGAAGAAGCAGACAAGCGGUCAUUUCUGCUUGACCUCCUGAAUGCGACAGGCAAGGAUUCCCUGAUAUUGGUGUUUGUGGAGACCAAAAAAGGUGCAGAUUCUCUGGAAGAUUUCUUAUACCAUGAAGGAUAUGCUUGUACCAGUAUCCAUGGUGACCGAUCUCAGCGAGAUAGGGAAGAGGCCCUUCACCAAUUCCGAUCAGGAAAAAGUCCAAUUCUCGUGGCUACAGCAGUAGCAGCAAGAGGACUGGAUAUUUCCAAUGUGAAACAUGUCAUCAAUUUCGACUUGCCUAGUGACAUCGAAGAAUAUGUGCAUCGCAUUGGCCGUACAGGUCGUGUCGGAAACCUUGGCCUUGCCACCUCAUUCUUCAAUGAGAGGAACAUAAAUAUUACCAAAGAUUUAUUGGAUCUUCUUGUUGAAGCGAAACAAGAAGUGCCAUCUUGGCUAGAAAACAUGGCUUUUGAACACCAUUACAAGGGUGGCAGUCGUGGACGUUCUAAGAGCAGAUUUAGUGGAGGGUUUGGUGCCAGAGACUAUCGACAAAGUAGCGGUGCCAGCAGUUCCAGCUUCAGCAGUGGCCGGGCUAGCAACAGUCGCAGUGGUGGAGGCAGCCACAGCAGCAGCAGAGGGUUUGGUGGAGGUAGCUAUGGAGGCUUUUACAACAGUGAUGGAUAUGGAGGAAAUUAUAGCUCCCAGGGGGUUGACUGGUGGGGUAACUGAGCCCGCUUUACCAUAGGUCACUACCAAACAAGUGCAGAACCACAUGUAACUUAGCCAGACUAUACCUUGUAAUAGCUUCAAGAACUCACAGUGCAUUGCCUGCUGUGACUCCCCACUGAAUACGUUUUAAGGGAGCUUAAAGUGACAAGAUGAAAGGAACAAUCCAGAAGCCCCAUUCAGAAGGUGGUUUGAAGACUUGGUUGUUAUAGUUUGGAUUAUCUGUCCUCCUACCCCGUCCCACCCUGCAUUUAU